UUUAAGUGAGCAGCCACUUCGAUCUGCUCCGUUUAAGUCAGAGGCAUGGGAGUCCUACCGGGGGGAAACCUUUUAUGUACACUUCUCUUUAUUAUCCUCCUGUCAGAGGGGCCUGCUCGAUGGGUUGAGGCACAGCACUGUGUGUGGUAUGGUGAGUGUGGGGAGUCGGAAAAGGUGCCUGGAAAGAAGUACAACUGCAACUACACUGGUCCUCCCAAGCCGCUAGACCCUACAGGUUACGACCUUCUCACGGAGCUUUGUCCUGGAUAUGACUAUGAAAACCGAAGCCUCUGCUGUGAUGUCAACCAGUUGCAGACUCUCAAAGGGAGUCUCCAGCUGCCCCUUCAGUUCCUGUCUCGGUGUCCCGCCUGUUUCUUCAACCUGAUGAACCUCUUCUGUGAGCUGACAUGCAGCCCCCACCAGAGUCAGUUCAUGAAUUCCACCAAGUUCAUGAACACCACCAAGUUCAACGAGAGCAAUGUCGAGGAGGUGCAGUACUACAUUGGAAGCACAUUUGCCAAUGCCAUGUACAAUGCCUGCAAGGACGUCCAGGCACCAUCCAGCAACGUUCCGGCCUUAUCUCUGCUGUGUGGGAAGGAUGCAAAGGACUGCAAUGCUACCAACUGGAUCCAGUAUAUGUUCGAUAUUAACAAUGGACAGACUCCUUUUUCUAUCACCCCCAUAUUCUCAGAUGUCCCGGUGUCAGGUUACACUCCCAUGAACAACCACACAUAUGCCUGUACAGAGGGCCUGGAGGACGGUUCAGGUCCCUGCUCCUGUCAGGACUGCACAAAGGCCUGUGGCCCCAAACCUGUGCCUCCCCCUCCCCCUCCCUGGACGAUCCUCGGUAUGGAUGCCAUGACUGUCAUUAUGUGGAUCUCUUACACAGCCUUCCUGCUUAUCUUCAUUGGAGCUGUACUGGGAGUUUGGUGUUACAGGAAGAGGACCAUCAUGUCUGAGUAUGGCCCCAUAUUGGACAGCAAUAACCCACUGUCUCUCAAUGGUGAUAAUCCUGACCAAGUAAAUGCAUCGUGCUGUGAAACACUGGGGGAACGCUUCGAGAAUGCCCUGCGGAUCCUCUUCAGUUCCUGGGGUUCCUUCUGCGUGCGGCAUCCCUCCCUGGUCCUACUAGGCAGCCUGAUAGUGGUGGUCUCCUCCUCUGGGGGCCUCUUUUACAUGCGCAUCACCACCGACCCUGUUGCGCUGUGGUCCUCUCCCACUAGCCAGGCUCGUCAAGAGAAGGACUACUUUGACAGCCACUUCGGACCCUUUUUUAGAACUGCGCAGCUCAUUAUAACCACCCCACUCAAGAAACCCUUUCUUUACUCCCCAUACUUUGGAGGAGCAGAUGUCCCUUUUGGAGCCAUCCUGGACAAAGACAUCCUGGACCAGGUGCUGGAUCUUCAGCUUGGCAUUGAAGGCAUUGUAGCGACAUACGAGGACCAAAAUGUCACCUUGGAGGACGUCUGCCUGGCUCCACUGGCUCCUUACAAUAACAACUGUACCAUCUUGAGUGUACUCAACUACUUCCAGAACAGCCAUGCUGUGCUGAACCACAGCAUAGGAGACGAGUUCUAUGUUUAUGCAGACUUUCACAGCCACUUCCUCUACUGUGUCAGUGCACCAGCAUCCCUCAACGACACCACUCUCCUCCAUGACCCUUGUCUAGCCACCUACGGUGGCCCCGUCUUCCCUUGGCUGGCCCUCGGGGGUUACGAUGAAACCAACUACAACAAUGCCACUGCUCUAGUGAUCACCUUCCCACUCAACAACUACCUGAACGACUCCGUCAGACUGGGCAAAGCUAUGGCGUGGGAGAACGAAUUCAUCAAGUUCAUGAAGAACUACAAACAUCCUAACCUGACAAUAGCCUUUAGUUCUGAGAGGAGUAUUGAAGAUGAAAUCUACAGAGAGAGCAGCAGUGACAUCAGUACUAUAUCAGUCAGCUAUGCCAUUAUGUUCAUCUACAUCUCCCUGGCCCUGGGCCACAUCAACAGCUUCAGCAGACUGAUGGUGGACUCUAAGAUUUCUCUGGGUAUAGCAGGUAUCCUGAUCGUGCUCAGCUCGGUGUCCUCCUCACUGGGGAUCUUCAGCUAUUGUGGCAUUCCCCUCACCCUCAUUGUGAUCGAGGUCAUUCCUUUCCUGGUGCUGGCUGUUGGGGUGGACAACAUCUUUAUUAUAGUGCAGACAUAUCAGAGGGAUGAGCGGAUGCCCCAGGAGGAACUUCACCAGCAGAUUGGUCGUAUUCUUGGAGACGUAGCCCCCAGCAUGUUCCUCUCCUCCUUCUCAGAGACUGUCGCCUUUUUCCUGGGAGCUCUGUCCAACAUGCCCGCAGUGAGGACUUUCUCUAUGUUUGCUGGCUUGGCCGUUUUCAUUGAUUUCCUGUUGCAGAUCAGUUGCUUUGUCAGCUUGCUGGGCUUGGACGCCAGGAGACAGGAGGCGAAUCGACUCGACAUCUUUUGCUGUGCGAAGCUGCCGGAAGGUCAGGAAACAAAGACAGAGAGUUUGCUCUUCCGUUUUUUCAAGAAAAUCUUUGCCCCAUUCAUCCUCAAAGAGUGGGUGCGACCAAUCAUAGUGGCAGUGUUUGUGGGAAUGCUCUCCUUCAGCAUUGCUGUGGUGAAUAAAGUAGAGAUCGGACUGGACCAGAAACUCUCCAUGCCUGACGACUCGUUUGUGCUGGACUACUUUAAGAACCUGAGCAUGUAUCUCCACACCGGAGCUCCAGUGUACUUUGUGGUAGAGGACGGCCUGAACUACAGUAGUGUAGAGGGCCAGAACGCUGUGUGUGGAGGAGUCGGCUGCAACAACGACUCUCUAGUCCAGCAGGUCUACUCCGCCUCACUCAUCAGCAACUACACAACCAUUGCCUUCACUCCGUCCUCCUGGCUUGAUGACUACUUUGACUGGGUGAAGCCGCAGUCCAGCUGCUGUCGAUACUACAACAGCAGCGGGACUUUCUGCAAUGCCUCUGUGGUAAAUACCUCCUGUGUACACUGUCGGCCCAUGACUCCCAGUGGAAAGCAGAGGCCAGAAGGAGAAGACUUCAUGCAGUUUCUACCCAUGUUCCUGUCAGACAAUCCAAACAUCAAGUGUGGAAAAGGCGGCCAUGCGGCUUAUGCCACAGCAGUUGACCUGUAUCCCAACAACAUCGGGGUCGGGGCCACGUACUUCAUGACUUACCACACCAUCCUGAAAGAAUCCCCAGAUUUCAUAGAAGCUCUAAAAAUGGCCCGAAUCCUGGCCAAUAACAUCACUCAGACCAUGGGACACAAAGUGUUUGCCUAUAGCAUCUUCUACGUGUUUUACGAGCAGUACCUCACCAUUGCGUACGACACAGCUCUGAACUUGGGCGUGUCACUGGCAGCCAUAUUUGUAGUGUCCACGGUGUUGCUGGGCUUCGAGCUGUGGUCAGCUGUGCUCGUCAGCAUUACCAUCGGCAUGAUCCUGGUCAACAUGUUCGGCGUCAUGUGGCUGUGGAGCAUCAGCCUCAAUGCAGUAUCCCUAGUGAACCUGGUCAUGUGCUGCGGUAUCUCGGUGGAGUUUUGCAGCCAUAUUGUGAGAGCUUUUUCCAUCAGUGUGAAGAAGAACAGAGUGGAACGGGCUGAGGAGGCCCUGGCUCACAUGGGCAGCUCUGUGUUCAGUGGGAUCACAUUAACAAAGUUUGGAGGAAUCCUAAUCCUGGCUCUUUCCAAGUCGCAGAUCUUCCAGGUCUUCUACUUUAGGAUGUACUUGGCCAUGGUGCUGCUGGGGGCCACGCACGGCCUCAUCUUCCUACCUGUGUUGCUCAGUUAUAUCGGUCCGUCAGCGAACAAAGCAAAAGUGUUUGCUGCUAACAAGCGCCUUGCUGGUACAGAAAGGGAGCGCCUCCUCAACUACUAAACAGGCGCUUUGGGAAAAUGAACAAUGAACUAUUUGUCUGACAGGGACUGUGUGUGGGUGUGGGCACAAGCCAUCCCUGUGAUUACUGACACACUCAUCCUCAUCGUCGUUGCCACUUCUAUGCACGGAUUUGACUCAGGAAUAUUCUUGGGAAUAGGAGUGCCAGAGGACUAGUCCAACUAUAAACAAUUAGAUUUUCUCACAAGACUUUGGACUGCCCCUCCAUUCCUCCUCCUCCUCCUCCUCCUCCUCCUCCUCCUCACACUACAGGAAAGGCCUGACUUCAGCGUUUUUAGCAUUAGCAAAAAAAAAAAUCCAUGUUGGCUGUGGAAGUAGGAGAGACACCAACCCCAACAUCAGUUUACAGAGAACCUCGCAGUCAGUUCCAUAUGCUAUUAGCUAUUUCGAUUAGUGGAAGCUCAAAAGGGUGAAACUGGUUGGGUUUUUUUCAUAUUUUUUUUAAUAUAUACCAGAAAAAAAACAAUGUGUAACAGGGAUUUAUUUACUUGCGUGGGACUUUUGUAGAACUAUUUGAUAUUAUGAAACAUUUAUUGACUCGAACACGGCACACAGUGGAGCUAAGAAGAUAACAAUAACUAUAUCAUACGCUCUCAUAAUACCUGGCAUCAACAUCAUAUCCAUGGGUUAACAUACUGUAUUAUAAAGCAGGACAGCUAGUUGUAGCAUUUUUCACCUAGCAAUAAUGUGCUUCCUGGGCCACUUUGGACAAUAAUGUUUUCACUUUGAAAUGAAGUUUGUGUUUUCAGCAGGUGUUUGGUCAUGUUCAGAUCCAUGUUGGGAGGGCAGUGAAGGAAUUGUUGCCCCGUUUACCUUUUGGGGAGUGUGUAUAACAAAAGGUUUCAAUUUCUACAUGGAUGAGGACGUAAACGCCCUCAAAAGUGAAACCUCAAAGUCUUGUUUUAUUUAAAAAUCAGAGCCAAAAUGAAACGGUCCAAGUUCUUGUGCACACUGCGCCCUUAGGUGUUACUUAUUGCUCUCUAAACUGCAUCCUGCCAUGUCUUUUAUUUCCACAUUGGAAGCUAUUUAAAUGAUCUGGUGCAACAUUUCAUUUUAGAGCUAGUUAAUGCAUCUUAAGUGUCCUUUUGAAGUGUUUGCAGAACUAGAAUUUUAUUCCCUCUUAGGUGCUUUUACAAAACCCCCGUGUGACGCAAGUCGAGAUAUAUGUUGAUGCCAGGUGAAAGGGAUGCUUUAUGUCGAAAAAUGUCUUUACAUUUAAUUUGAUAUGAUGUGAUAUGUUUUGCAGUUACGUAACAAUUGUUGCGUUAAGAGAAGGAGCUUUAUAUUUAACUGUUAAUAGCUUACACAGGACUAAUUAAGACUUUUUCCUAUGUCAUCUAGAGUGUGUUUAUAUAGAAAACUGUAAAAUGACUGGAUAAUGGUACAGUCCUGAAUAUUUCUUUCAAACAUUUAAGUUAUUUUUUAUUUUAACUAUUAACAUUUUCGUUACCAUGCAUAGCUGUCUUACCUUGCAAGUAAAGGCAUCACUUUGUUUUCAAGGAAAACAAAAAAACUUCCCAGAACCGUGAUCAUACGCAUCACCUCUACCACAACAUGUCCGAGACAGUCGCAAGUCGAGAUGAUCCCCCAACUAGUUUAAUUUGAAUCGGGUUGUGACAUGCGUGGAAGAGAUUAUUAACAUUCAGGUGUAUACAAUCUACUGGGAUUUUAAAGGAGCAGAACGCUUCUUUGUUUUUAUUGUUUUUUUUGGGGGGGGAAGUGUAAGAAAGAAUUGUGUCGAUAUACAGUUUAAACCUAGAUGUGAAGUUUCUGAGCAAACAACCUAAUAUUUUGUAACAUGAAUAACAAUGAAUUGUGCUUGUUAAUAGUGCUGUACAAAUGAACAAAUCAUCUCUGGCAUUUAAGAAAGUCAUUUUGCAAUGAGUCAAGAAUUGGAAUACUUUAGUUUUUAACUAUUUUAACAGUUAUUAAAUACCUCUCAGAAAAGUA